AUGGAACCAAUUUGGUGGUUUUUCAUUCUGUUAACGUUUCCACUGUAUUCAAGCUGUGUAUCGACGCCGGAUUCGGCAACAUUGAUUUCAGAUCUGAUUUUGUUUCUAAAAGUUCCACUCAAGUUAGCGGUGUUUGUAUGCUGGAAUGAAGAAAAAUCGUUUCAAUUUAUUCGGAAGCUUCUCAAACCGGACGGGUCGCGAUCAUUUUUACUUCAGCUCAAAUCGACAUCAGUUGAGAAUCUGCCAAUUCUGGAUACGUUGGAGCCCCACCAGCAUCUGUCCAUUGUCGAUGCAGCAUGCCCCGAAACGGGAAACUUUCUGGCUGCCGCUGGUUAUAGAAUAUACGACAAAAUUCGUUGGGUUAUCCUAAACGGUAAUCAAACCUAUGGCCCUGAUCCAGAUCCGGUGGAAGCCCAGGAGAAUGUCGUGCUUCGAACGCUGGCGGACCUACCCGUGACCGGGAGAUUGUAUCGGAAAUCAAUGAGAACGGAUUUGAUUACAAGCGUGAUUGGAAUCUGGAGGAAUGGAACAAUCCGGGAUUUGAGGAAGGAAAACGCUGUUGUCGUCAGACGAAGAAAUUUGGAGAAUAUUCCAAUCAGGAUUUCGUCUGUGUACUACAAAAAUUACUCAUUGAAUCACUUUAUCGACACUGAAAACAAACACGUUGAUACUGUUCCUCGUCUGUCCUACCAAGUCCUGCACACAUUGCUCGUGUACUACCUGAAUGCCACUCCGGAAAACACAGUGACCACCAACACAGGAUAUCUGGAUCCGAAAACCGGCAACUGGACGGGAAUGGUUAGCGAUUUGAUGAACCACCGUGCGGAGGUCGGCGGAUCGAUUGCGCUGCUGAUCAAGAGUCGCCUAUUCCUAAUAGACUACCUGAAAACGAAUUUCCCAGCGGAUAUGAACUGCCGUUCGCUUUCAGCGUGUGGCUGUGCUUGCUGGGUUUGA